AUGGUUUUCAUUCUGGGUGUCAACUUUUCUGAGCAGAAGCUCGUCAAGAAAGCUCUUCAGUCCUUCUACGCUCUCGGACCGAGCACAUCAGAACGCAUUCUCGCCAAGUACUCGAUCCACCCGCUCGCAAAAGUCGGCUCCCUCGCCCCCAGAACAGUCACGGCCCUUACGGCAGAACUGUCAACGAUGACGAUAGAAACCGACGCGCGCAAGAUUAUUAGGGAAAACAUUGGAAGACUAAAGGACAUGGGUUCCUACCGCGGAAGACGACACGCUAUGGGUCUGCCCACGAGAGGACAGCGCACAAGAACCCAGAUCGAGACGGCGAAGAAGCUGAACCGCGCUAAGAGAUCCUUUUAA